UUGUCGGAGCACGGGGUCGACCUGUUAGCACAGCAGCUGCAUGAUGAAAGGAGCAGUAGAUUCUGCCCCCUCAGACUCUGUAGAGGCGUGUGCCUGCUGAACGGCGAGCUUGCUUUGUGGGAUCCUUAACUAAAUAUGGCUGACCUCCAGGCUAAAUUUGAUACAGCAGCAGCUGAGGUGAAGCAGCUGAAGGCGAAGCCCACAGAUGAAGAGAUGCUGCAGACCUACUCCCUGUUCAAGCAGGCCACCGUAGGUGACGUCAACACAGCUCGCCCUGGGAUGUUCGAUUUCACCGGGAAGGCUAAAUGGGAUGCCUGGGAGAAGCAGAAAGGAAAGAGCAAAGAGGAUGCCAUGAACGAGUACAUCAGCCUGGUGGAACAGCUGAAGGAAAAAUAUGGAAUCUAACGUUAUACGAUGACCACAGACCGGCUGGGCCAACAGCUGGAUGGACUGAGAGCACGCCGGCUGAGGCCACCACCACUCGUCCCCCAUCCCGAUGCAGUGAAACGCCUUUAAAUCCAAGGAGUGUGUCCUUAAACAACGCCUGAACACCUACUGGGUUGCCGUGGUCCCAGUGAGAUUAAGCUGGCUUGAAUAACCACUUAUACCAUCAUGUUUUAGUUGUUUUCAAACACGGAUCUGCACAGAAUCCUGCCAUUUCAAAAUAAAAUCCUUUUUCUCUAA